AUGGGGCCCAGCGGGCGCUGGGUGCGGGCGGCACACACGGCCCUCAGCGCGGCCCUAACGCUCGGGCUCCUCCUGCACCGCACGGAUCUGCGCGAGCAAGAGGAGCGCGGGGAGCUGCUGCAGCCGCUCAUCUUCGUCCUGCUGGUUCUGUGCUCCGUCCUGCUGUACUUCAAAGUGUCUCUCAUGGAUCCGGGUUUUGUUAAGCCUGAAGAGGAAGCAAAGGCAGGGGAGGCUGAAGGACAGGGCCUGGUGAUCCCCCAGGCUACGGGUGACGUGAAGCUGCGGCGCUGUGGUUACUGCCUGGUGAAGCAGCCCAUGAGAGCCAGGCACUGCCAGCUGUGCCAGCACUGCGUGCGGCGCUACGACCACCACUGCCCCUGGAUUGAGAACUGUGUGGGAGAAAGGAACCACCCCCUCUUCAUAGCCUACCUGACUGUGCAGCUGGUGGUUCUGCUGUGGGGAGGCCACGUUGCUUGGUCAGGCCUCUACUUUCAACAGUCCUGGGAAUGGCUGAAGUACAACAUUUUCCUCCUGCUCUCCUUCCUCCUGAUAGUCAUAUUCACCACUGUGGUCCUGCUGCUGCUUGUUUCCCACCUGUACCUCAUCUCGUGCAACACCACAACCUGGGAGUUCAUGUCCCACCACCGCAUCUCCUACCUGCGCCACUCCGAGCUGGAGAAUCCCUUUGACCAGGGGAUAAUCCUCAACCUCUGGAGAUUCUUCUGCUCACGCCACCUCACUGCAUGGGAGCAAAUCUAUUUUCACAGGAACAGUGAGCCUGUCUAGUCCCAGGAGUACCAGCACACCUGCAGGUUGCUGGGCAGAGCUUUGCUCGUGCAAUUGCUGCUGCUUCCUUGCACUGAACUUUAACACAUCACGGACUAUGCAACCUGCUCCACAACCUGCUCCUCCUGCUAAGUACAUUUCAGGAAUAGCCAGGGUUAUUUUUUAUAUACAAAUAACACUGUUAAAGAUGAGACACUGGUUCUGGGAAGGCCAAGGCCAGCAGAGCUGAUUUCUGGUCUGAGCAAAGGUAUCUCUCUAAAUUUACUUCCUUUUCUUAACUGCACCCACACCUCCUGAAGAAUUCUCUUCCCUGAGGUCUCCCUUUCCUUUUGCUGCUAGGAAAAAGCAGCAAUUACAGACAAAACCAGCCAGGAUCAAUAUAAUUCCUGUGGCCUUUCUUCAGCCUAGUUCUGACUGUGAGAACUGCAGUGCCUUUUGUCAGUAGUACUGGGCAUGAAACAGAAAUACUUGAGUAAAUAUUUAGACAGUCAAAAGCAAAUUUCAUUUCAUCCACAUGCCUCAAGUUAAUGCUUUCCACAAAGCUUUGAGGCUUAACACUGUUAAUGUGCAUGAGAAACAGCUGUAAGACACCCAAUUCAGCUUAUGAGAUAAUUA